GCUUGGGAAGAAAUGGAUGGAGUACCAAGGUGUUAGAAACUGGGACGGCUUGCUUGACCCUCUGGACGACAAUUUGCGCCGAGAGAUUCUCCGGUAUGGCCAGUUCGUGGAAGCUACCUAUAAAUCCUUCGACUUCGACCCUUCCUCGCCUUCAUACGGCACCUGUAUGUUCCCCAGAAGAUCACUGUUAGAACGAGCGGGCUUACCCGAGACCGGUUAUCGUUUGACCAGAAAUCUACGUGUGACCUCCGGUAUUCGGCUACCACGUUGGAUGGAAAGGGCACCCAACUGGGUUGCGACCCAGUCCAGUUGGAUUGGCUACGUGGCAGUCUGUCAAGACAAAGGUGAAAUCUCCAGGCUUGGACGUCGAGACGUGGUGAUUGCUUACAGAGGCACCACCACGUGCUUGGAGUGGCUGGAGAAUCUCCGCGCCACCCUGACCCACCUUCCCGGUGCUGGUUCAGACGACGUCGGGUCAUGCGGACCAAUGGUGGAGAGCGGUUUCCUUAGCCUCUAUACCUCCGGAACCGCAGGCUCACCCAGCCUCCAACACAUGGUGCGACAAGAAAUCUCCCGGCUCAUCCAAUCUUACGGCGACGAGCCCCUGAGCUUGACCAUCACCGGGCACAGCCUUGGCGCUGCCCUAGCGACUCUCACCGCGUACGACAUCAAGACCACCUUGGAACGGGCACCGGAGCUCGUCACGGUCAUCUCCUUCGGAGGGCCACGCGUCGGGAACUUGAGAUUCAGGCAACUCCUAGAAAAACAAGGCACCAAAGUUCUACGUAUCGUGAACUCGGAAGACCUAAUAACCAAACUACCAGGCUUCGUUAUCAAUGAUAGCAAUGACGACGUACCGUACAAUCAUAGCAUCCACGUGGCAGCUGGCCUGCCUAGCUGGAUCCAAAAGCGUGUGGAGGAGACGCAGUUGAUGUACGCGGAGGUUGGGCGGGAGCUACGGCUGAGCAGUAGAGACUCCCCUUACCUCAGCGGCUUCAACGUCGCCACUUGUCACGAGCUCAAGACAUACCUCCACCUGGUCGACAGCUUCGUGAGCUCCGCGUGUCCUGUCAAAGCAAAUCUUUAAUAAAAAAAUAGUAUCGAGAAUACGUACAACCUAGACUUUGGAUAGUAAA